GGUUCCUUAAUAUAAUGUUAAAUCUUGGAUGUUGGAGUUCUCACGACUCUGUUCCACGGCAAGGCUUCAGUGGCGGAACGCGUCUGCACGCCGGGCUCAAUCAUCCUGACAUCCCAUGCGUCUCUUUGCUCUCCCUCUCACAAAGGCAAUACCGGGGAAGCAUGAAUCAUUAGUGUAUUACCUCGCUCAUCUCCCUCCAAAGCCGAAGACCAGGGCAGAAACAAGAACUGGUCGUCUUGUUAAGCUUGCGACAAAUCAAGCGACAGAAACGUGGUCAAGAUGGUCGAAAGCCCCAGAGUCAAGCUGGAAGUUUAAAGUAUACUCCCUGGGCAUGAAGGCUCAACGUCAGCUGGAUUUUGAAGAGCUUGCUCUGAAAUCUAUUGAUCCAGCCCUUGGCCCACGCAUCACUUCAUCAGGCGAAGGAGCAGGAGUUGUCAAGGCUGUUCGAGAUGGGAAACCAGUUUCAGUAAGGAUCCCUAUCAUCCAUCCCCCAUCGUUCCGGUCAUUGACAUCAGAGCCACCCCUUGCAAAUCUCAGGAAGUAUGCAUCGCAUAGGGUACCCAAGCACAAGAAACUAUUUUACACUUACAUUUUUGCUGCUCCGUUUACUGCUCCAUUUAUGUUAAUUCCCGUAAUCCCCAACAUUCCGUUUUUCUUCUGCGUGUGGAGGGCGUGGUCUAAUUAUCGCGCAUACAAAGCUGCCGACUAUCUCUUAACUUUACUAUCGUCAAAUACUCUGGUACCAACAGCCAGCGAGACAUUAGAGUCUAUUUACCGACACACCCCCUACAAGGUGACACCACACCCUCCCCAAUCUUCGGCUGACAGGGAUUCGAAUCCCUCUCGCCUUUCACAAGCCACGUCGCCAUCAAUCAGUGUGCUUCUCAGGGAGGAUGAGGUGCCACAGAUCCUGGAUGCCUUCGGGCUACCCAAGGAGUCGGGACCUGAUCUCCUCCGAGCAAUUAAGCAAGCGCGGAUGCGUAUUCAUACCUAGUUUGCUCGCAGAAGACGCUAGCCCUUACGCCAAUAUCGUUGUCGAACAGUGACAGUGUAGAACUAAUUGUGUAUUAUGCGAAGGGGGGGCGGACAUAUAUGCGAUACCUGUAUACUUUGCCCAAACGAUAUGUUACAUCCUCGCUGCGCACGGCCG